UAUCACUAACACACAACCACAACAGCGCACCACUCACUCACUCACUCUCCGGUCUUUUUGGACAUCAGUCUCUAGUUGACUUUUCUUCAAUAACUCAUAGCAGAACCACUGCUCGGUCUCCAGGAGUAGGAGCCACCGCAAUUAUCUUUGUUUAGUCUUGCCAUUAAGCAAAAUCCUAUGCAGUUUGCGGUGCAUACGCACAUAGCCCAUCUGUUGAUGCUUAUGAGAGGAAGCAGUGCUACACAACCUCACCGUCCAAAAGUCUGAUGAUACGCAGCAAGUAGCGGCGGCAUGGACAAUCCUAACGACUGCUUUCCCUUCGACUGGGAGGACCCUGAAUUCUUGCUGGAGCCAGACGACCACGAGGGCCUUAAGAACGACCUCUACGGGGACUUGCAGUCUGCUGAUAGCUUAUCCGAUUACGAGGAGCGCGUUACUCACCAGGCGCUAGAGGCGCCAACUGCCCUGGUUACUAGCGAUUUAUGCGCAUGCAUAGCACCUGAGCCUCAAGAUGACGCUCAACAAAAAGCACCUAUUCACGAGCAAACAGCUUGGGAUGGGGAGGGCUUACAAGUAGGAACUAUACUUCCUACUGUGCCUAUCACCUUGAUUAAUCAAGUCUCCGUGGACAUACCCUCAAGCACCCUUAUUAUACCCCGAUCCCUUUACCAAGGUGAGACUGAUGAAGAGCUCUACGUCAAGCCGGCAAGAGAGUGGACAGCUGUUCAGUCACUACUGGAAGAGUACCGUCGAGUUCACAGCAGCAACAGUGGCGACAUCGAAUUUGACUUGGACCAAUUUGCUGUCUACAUUGACGCCACUGUACCAGGGGGGAAGUGUCAUGAGCAACGACCGUAUCCAUGCGAGAUGCGGCCGCUCCAGCAUCUUGGAACGCAGUUCCGCUGCAAUAGAAUGUAUGUGGACGGCAUACUGUCAGUAGGGAACAAGCAAUUUUCCAUCAGAGGCAUACCUUUCGAAGAACUCCCAAUCGGCAACUAUGGCUCUUCAGAACCGACUAUAGGAUCUGAACUAUGGAUACGCUCAUGCUUGAGCGCUGCAAUUGCCAAAAGACAAAACACCAACAUCUACUACAGACUCAAAAACCCAUCAACUGAGUAUCAACGGUAUCACACUGGAUUCGUAUGGGUUGCAGACUUAGCAAAGCAUGUCGUCGAUUAUCUUUCCACAGCUCAGGACAAGAAACAACAAGUUAUCUUCCGAGACUUUCGAUCUGCCUUCUACGCAUGGGCAGACAAAAAGCAUGGCAACUCAGAAUCUUUUUGUCAAUGGCAAAGGCAAUAUCAGAGGACUGAUUUCUGUGGCGCAGUUGCUGCAAACCUAGAAUUCAUCUGGAAGGAGGCUUCUGGAGUUCUUGGACACAAGGUCAGAUCAAUAUACCUACGGAAGCUCUGGAAGGAGAUACGCGAGUUCACUGCGUACUCAGACUGCAGUGACAAAACACCCUCUACACCAGCGACUACUACUCCGUUAGCCUCUCCCUCGCCAACUCCGAGCAUGCGACAGUCUUUGCAUAUCCCAAAGACAGUGGUUACGCCAUAUAUUAACCAGUUAUUCGAUCACCUACCGUGCGGUCUAAUAAUGGAAGCGCUGGACCUAAGUCCGAAAACCAAAAGGUUGCGCCGAGACGUAACUAAGGCUCUUCGACUUGAGUCCGCACUGGACAUUCAUACCGGUACAUCGGCCAAGAAUACAAAUGAAAGAAGCCUCAAAACAUCUGUCAAUGUCGGCGACGUCAUCUCUACAGCUCGAGACGAAGGCGGCAACUGGGAAAGAGAAAUCCCUGCCGGCUUUAAUGAUGUUGACCGGUGGUUCGGACUUGUACAGAAAGUCCACAGGCACAACAAUGACAAGAAAAGCUUCGACAUCAUAUGGAUGUACCGUCCUGUGGACACGAUCUGCGGGAACAUGAAGUACCCGUGGAGCAAUGAGUUGUUCCUCUCAGACCAUUGCAGUUGCAACAACCCAGCUGAUAAGAAGAUCAAAGAAGAGGAGGUGCUAGCUGCACACAAGAUUGACUGGGGCGGUUCGUCUGCCGCUAGCGCAGAGUUCUUCUGCAGGCAGACUUAUCUUCAUGAAGACCGACGAUUCAUUACCUUCCAAAAAGGUCACCUCUUCUGCAUGCAUCAUAGCCAAUCCAGUGAGCAGGAAUUCCCGUACAAGAUUGGGGACACGCUUCUUGUCUGUCUGAAGAGCUCAGACAGCGUUGUUGAACCAUGCGAAUUGGUGGAACUUUGCAACUCAAAACUCGCUCUUUUCCGCCUUCUGCGGCGAAGACAAACGAUUCAAAGCAACAGCACUAAUGAAAAGGUACCGCCGAACGAGCUUGUCUAUAGCGACGAGUUACUGCCAAUCGGAGUCAAAAAUAUACAGAGCAGAUGCACUGUAAGGUUCUUCCGGCUAGGAGAACCCAUACCUGUCCCUUACGACCGAAAAGGGGUCGGUAAUACAUUUUUCAUCAGAUAUCGAUGGCAAUCUGGGCAAAUGAUCCCUUUGGAAGACGGCUUCUUAUCGUUGAGACAAGGUUUUGAUCCGGCGAAACCCUUCCCGAAGCUUCGUGGAUUCGACCUCUUCUGUGGAGGCGGUAACUUCGGCCGCGGCCUUGAAGAAGGUGGCGUAAUCGAAAUGAAUUGGGCGAACGACCUCAACAAGAAAGCGAUACACACAUAUAUGGCAAACACAGAAAAUACCGUUUAUCCUUUUGCUGGGUCAAUUGACGACCUGCAGAGAUUGGCGCUACAGGGCAAGUUCAGCAAAAAAGUGCCGCCUAUCGGUUCAGUCGACUUUGUGUCAGGGGGCAGCCCUUGCCCUGGAUUCUCCCGUCUUACAAAUGACAAAGCCACCCCUGAGCAGCGCAAGAACCAGUCUCUUGUGGCCGCUUUUGCGUCCUUUAUUGACGUUUAUCGACCGAAGUUUGGGUUGCUUGAAAAUGUCAUGGACAUUGUGCAGACCAAGACGAAGCGCAACGAGGACGUAUUGAGCCAGCUGAUCUGUGCUAUCGUCGGCCUUGGUUAUCAAGCUCACUUUUUUAUCAUGGAUUCCUGGGCAUACGGUUCGCCUCAGAGUCGUAGUCGUGUCUUCUUGUGCUUUGCUGCGCCAGGCCUCAAGCUCCCUGAAGUGCCAGUGCAGUCACAUUCGCACUAUGAAUCUGGCAAACGUCGCAAGACGCUAGGUUGGUUGCCAAAUGGCGAGUCAAUGGUGGAGCGCCUCGAAAUCCCGACGCCAUUCAAGUUCGUAAGCAUAGCCGAGGCCACAGCGGACCUGCCAGACAUAAUGGACGGCAAGGCGGACUGCUGCGUGAACUUCCCCGACCACCGGAUGGCAUACAGCAUCACAAGACCAGCCAGGGCACAACUCAGCGUGAUACCGAUGCACCCUUGGGGCAUGAACUUCCGAACAACGUGGGACAAUGGCAAGGGCACGAUGACGACGGCUGAGAGGGGAUUGUUUCCUAGCAAAGGUGAGAGAGUCUUGUCUCCAACCUCUCGGGCUUGGGGCCGCGCAUUCCCGCACAGCGUUAUGCAGACAGUCACCACGACGGCAUCGCCAACGGAUGCACGCAUCGGUCGCAUCAUGCAUUGGAGCCAGAAUCGUGUUUUGAGCGUCAUGGAAGUCCGGCGUGCCCAGGGUUUCCUCGACCACGAGGUGAUCUUAGGGACGCCAAAAGAGCAGUGGAAGGUGGUCGGGAACAGUGUGUCUCGGGAGGUGUCGCUGGCUCUGGGUCUCUCGUUCCGAGAGGCGUGGCUUGGGUCCUUGAUCGAUGGCGAGGAAGUCCAGCCUACGGUUAACGUACCUCCUCAACAGUUGUUACAGGCACAGGCGCAGGCAGAGGCGGCACCCGGCAACUCCGACAGCGGCAAGAACUUGGCGGAGACAGACACUCUAUCAAUAGGGUCUCGUGGAGAGACCCCCGUCUUGGUAUCGCCGCGAUCUCAGAAGCGCAAACUAGGGAGCUCCUUUGUUAUUGAGUUGGUUGUUUCGAAGAUGCUAAAGAAACAGCGAGGGCAGGCGACGCCGGAGAGAAGCGAAGGAUCGGAGGAUGAUGAAUCUGCGGAGGUUACUUCAGCAUUAACAUCGUCAUCGUCGGGCUCGAGCUGCGAGAUCAUUGAGCUGGAUUAGGAGCGGGGGGGGGAAACCCUUCCGGGAAGGGUCGGACCUAUACGUAAGAGAGCCAGCGGCCAAGCGUUCAUGGGAUUAUAGACAACUCGCACACAUGGUGAUGAUAACACAAGAGGUAUCUAGGAGGCUAUAGACGACCUGCAUAGCGGAGCCUGGAUUGCUUGCUGUGGCGAGACAGGAUAGUCAGUCCACAGAACAAACAAUACCAUUGAUUGAGGAUUGUGCUCUGCGCAUCUGGGUG